GAAAAUGCAAGAUGGCGUCCCUUGCAACGGAAGGAAACUAAUUUGUUUUGAAGAAGUAACUCCCGUUGUGGAGUUCUACUGAGUUAAAUGACACAGGAACUUAGCUAUAUGCAGCUUAAGACUGCGAAUGAAGCAAGACAAGCGGAAGAACAAAGAUAUGAACAACGUAAAAGAACUCUGUUGAUACUUAUCUUGCAUCACUUACGUGAGGAAGGCUAUGUUGAUUCAGCUCAUGCACUUGAGAAAGAAGGAGGUACAAGUCUGACCAAGUUUGAGGUCUGCGACAACAUUGAUUUGCCAACUAUUUUACAGGAAUUUGAGUCAUAUCAUCUGGUCAAGUUUAAUCGAGGACCCAAAAUUAUCAAAAAGAAGGUGACAAGUGCUGAUUCUAGCAAGGCGCUCCCUCCAAAGCCAAAAACUUUGUCGGGAAGCUCUCGUAGCAGCUCAGUGUCUCUUCCAAGUAUUAAUGGACAAUUAGGAUCAGAUAACUCACAGUCACCAAGCUCAUCAAAGAGACCAAACAGUGAUGGAAAGAGGAAAACUACAAAUUCCAAGCAAAAGAAAAACAACUCACCUCCCAGCAGUAGCAGUCCAACGGUCACAUCAUCAGAACUGAACCUGGCUGGCACAUCCAUAACAAACACAACAAGGAAUCCAACAAACCAAAACACUCAUGGGAAGAGUGUCAUAAUUGAUAUGAAAGCUAUGCUAAACAAUGCUAUCAAAGGGGACUACAUAGCUGCAGAAACAGACCCCUCAGACAGACUUUUAAAGCCUUUAGGAGGAUUUGCUGGACUUACUGGAGAAUGGAGAGACUUGGCAGCUGUCAUUAGCAGGGAUAUCUACCUUCAUAACCCUGAUGUAAGGUGGGAUGACAUUAUUGGCCUGGACGCUGCUAAGAGACUUGUCAAGGAAGCUGUUGUUUACCCAAUUAAGUACCCUCAACUUUUCACUGGUAUUUUGUCACCGUGGAAAGGGCUUCUGUUAUACGGACCUCCAGGAACGGGGAAGACACUUUUAGCCAAAGCAGUUGCCACAGAAUGCAAGACAACCUUCUUCAAUAUCUCAGCGUCAUCUAUAGUCAGCAAGUGGAGGGGGGACUCGGAGAAACUCGUUAGGGUUUUAUUUGAACUUGCCCGUUUUCAUGCGCCAUCUACAAUCUUCCUUGAUGAACUGGAAUCUUUAAUGAGUCAACGAGGAACGGGGGGAGGAGGGAGCGAGCAUGAAGGAAGCAAGCGAAUGAAGACAGAACUUCUGGUUCAGAUGGAUGGUCUUGCGCGAUCAGAUGAUUUAGUCUUUCUACUGGCUGCAUCCAACCUACCAUGGGAACUUGAUCACGCCAUGCUGCGUCGAUUGGAAAAGCGAAUUCUUGUCGACCUUCCUAGCUUGGAAGCCAGGGAAGCCAUGUUGAAACAGUAUCUGCCUCCUGUUAUUCACUCCGUGGAGGGAAGUGUUGAGAUCAAAUCACAGAUCGACUAUGAAGAACUAGCAAAGAGUACAGAGGGUUAUUCUGGUUCAGACAUUCGACUGCUUUGUAAAGAGGCCGCCAUGAGAAAAGUGAGGAAGAUAUUCGAUCUGUUGGAGAGUCAUCAAACAGAAGGUGAAGAUGGGCGCUCGACACCGCUGCCCAGACUUGAAAUUGAGCCCGUGAACACUGAGGACGUCGAGGCAGCGUUGAAACACACAAAGCCAUCAGCCAGACAGCUGAAGGACAAAUACAAAGACUGGCAGAAGGAGUACGAGUCUGUGUGAGCCAUGUCUCUGCUUGAGAAGCAGCGUAUUGAUCGCUUUCUCGGUCGAUUAUUCACUGAUGUCGCGUGACGUGUUGUCAGAUUGAAUGGAAACGUGACAGCGGUCUUUUCUCUGAAUGUUUGAGGGAUAUUCUCAUCAAAUAGCAACUGUUCCCCGAGUGUCAACGUCACAUCCGACCGAGAAGGCGGAGGCAUUCGGCUUCGACUUACAGCCGUGAGCAAGUCACAUAGGAGAGACAAAGAGGAGACGCGCUGAGUUGCAAGUAAAACAAGAGCUAAGAUAAAACUUAUAGUAUGACGUGAUAAGUAUAACAAGACAGUUAUUCACUGAAGCACCAAUAGCGAUGUUUCGGGUUACGUCAUCUGUAUUUUAUUAAGAUGUGCAAACCUGAGAUCCACUCGCUGUUCAGACAAAAAAAAAAUUCACAAACAGAAUUCAAUGUUCAAAGAUUGUACAAAUGUAAGUUAAAGUAAUUAAAUAGUAGAGAUCUGUAGAUCUUCUACGGUUGCAACAGAAUGUAGCUUUUAGGUGAGGUAACGCCAUAUUUCUGGCAGCCUAAGUGACGGGCGCACAAAAGGGAGGCCUGGGGAGAGAUCAUUUGUUCACAAUUUCCACAUUUCCUUUUUGCCCCUGUCUGUUAUUGAGGAUGCUGACUUUUGCUGAAGAUAGCAGGCUCAGGGAUACAAAUAACGUAAUUUCUUUAGGUCUUACUGAGGUUUGAUUCUUUCCUUGUGAUGUUCUCUAGUUAUAAAUUUCAGUAUCAUCACAA